UUGGACAGAAAAAAAAUUACGUUCUCAUUUUCGCACAUUUUUUUCCGAUGAAUAGAAUAAAUUGUUUAUUUGAAAAACUAAUCUCUCUUCGAAAUUAAGUGCAAGUAAAUAAGAAAACUGGCUGAUAACAGAUUCCCCGAUAUAUCUAUAAGUACAUUCACUGGGCUCUGACGAAAGUGUGCGGCGACUCGUGUUUAUAAAUUGGGCGCGUUGAAUUCGUAACAAUCGUCAAAACACACUUAUCAAAAGUCAGUAGCUCCACAAUCGGGAGCAGGAAGUGAGUGCUCAAACUAAGAAAAAGACACUCGCAAAACACGAGACGCUUAGCUGUUCGCUUUUUUUGAUAACUUGUACAGAGUACGAUUGAGUAAAGGCAGCAGUUUGCCAAGAUAAAAAAGCAAAAAACACGACGGCAAGAGUCGCCACCUGAGCGCAUGAAACUUGGUAGCGGCCGCCACAUAAAUUCAGUUUUCGUCGCCACUUUGCUUGUGUUAAACGUGUCACUCUCAGUUGGGAUAUAGGAGGGCAUAUAGCUCCUGUUCAUACAUAAAAAAUAGUACGCACGCGUAGAACGAAAGUAAACGCAAUUCAUAUUUCUUAACAAAUUUCGCUUAUUUGAAAAAAUAUCAAAUUAUACAAUAUGGCUGAUAAAACCAGCGUUUGCAUUGUCGGUUCAGGCAACUGGGGCUCAGCAAUAGCUAAGAUUGUGGGCGCCAAUUGUGCUAAUUUGCCACAAUUCGAAGAAUGCGUGACUAUGUAUGUGUAUGAGGAGGAAAUUGACGGCAAAAAAUUGACUGAAAUCAUAAACACCACACACGAGAAUGUUAAAUAUUUGCCAGGACAUAAGUUGCCACCGAAUGUGGUCGCUGUGCCAGAUCUCGUUGAAGCGUGCAAAAACGCUGACAUCCUCAUUUUCGUUGUGCCACAUCAGUUCAUUCCGAACUUUUGCAAAUCGCUGUUGGGAAAAAUUAAGCCCAAUGCAAUUGCCAUUUCACUGAUUAAGGGCUUUGAUAAGGCUCAAGGCGGUGGUAUUGAUCUUAUUUCCCACAUUAUUACCCGCCAUUUGAAGAUCCCCUGCUCCGUGCUCAUGGGUGCCAAUUUGGCUAAUGAAGUGGCACAGGGUAACUUCUGUGAAACCACCAUUGGUUGCCGCGAUGUCAAGUACGCCAAAACAUUGCGCGAUCUCUUCCAGGCAAAUUUCUUCCGUGUGGUUGUGGUGGACGACUCUGAUGCCGUCGAAGUGUGCGGUGCACUCAAGAAUAUUGUUGCCACCGGCGCUGGUUUCGUCGAUGGUCUAGGUUUGGGUGAUAACACCAAAGCGGCAGUCAUUCGUUUGGGUCUGAUGGAAAUGGUAAGAUUUGUCGAUGUCUUCUACCCAGGCAGCAAAUUAUCAACGUUCUUCGAGAGCUGUGGUGUGGCUGAUCUAAUUACCACUUGCUAUGGUGGCCGUAACAGGCGUGUUGCAGAGGCUUUCGUGAAAACUGGCAAAACUAUCGAGCAGCUGGAAAUUGAGAUGUUGAACGGACAGAAAUUGCAAGGUCCUCCCACCGCCGAGGAAGUGAAUUAUAUGCUGAAAAAUAAGGGCUUGGAAGACAAAUUCCCGCUCUUUACGGCCAUUCACAAGAUUUGCACAAAUCAAUUGAAAGUUCAAGAUUUGAUUGAUUGCAUACGUAAUCACCCUGAGCAUAUGGUGAAAACGGGCAGCAAAGGCGAUAAAGGUAAAGGCGGCAAAGGUGGCGCUUGCGGCAAGAAGCCGGGCCAUAAAGCACCAACACCAUGUUGUCAACCCAAGGGUGGUGAUGAUACACAAAAGUGCAAAUUCCACACAUUCAACUAUCGUGUGACGCCACUCAAAGCAAAGAGUGUCACCUUUCGUUUAGUGCCGAAGGGGCAGAAAAAAGAGUUUGCCAUCUUGAAUGCCAAUUCGAACAAUAUGUACCUGUUCAAUGGCUUCCACACGCGUUGUGGCAAAGGAUUGCCGCUGGGCAUGCGCGCUCUGUCGGGGGCCAGCAAGCCGGUGCGUGCCCUUAAUGCGGGACUGGGUGUGCUGGCAACAUUUUGCGCCUACAAUGCGUCGAAGGUUAAAUGAAUUGAAGCACAGUGAAAUCGAAAUUCUAAGUGAUAUAGCGAAUAGCGCAAAGAAAUACCGAAAAUAUUUAUUUAUUUAUUUAGUAAUUUAACAAAUUUUUUAAAAAUGCAGUCACAGGAAGUUCACAAAUAAUGCAGUAAUACAUACGCGCAACCACGCAUGUAUGUAUGUAGGCAUAUAUGUACACGCACAUUUGAAAGCUAUUUAUUUUGAUACA